AUGCGCCAUCAUCUCAUUGAAGGUCUUAAGGAUCAGUACAUGACGAUUGAGAAUCCAUUGGAUCUUUGGAAUGCUUUAAAGCACAGAUAUGAUCACCAAAAGAUGGUGUUGCUUCCAAAGGCAAGGCACGAUUGGAUGCAUCUCAUAUUCAUGGACUUUAAGUCCGUGGACGAAUACAACUCGGCCUUGUUCAAAAUCGUCUCAAUACUAAGACUGUGUGGUGAAGAAGUGUCUGAUGUUAUGAUGCUUGAAAAGACCUAUACGACUUUCAAUCAGUCGAAUUCUGUGUUGCAACAGCAAUAUAGAACAAAAGGCUUUGCCACAUAUACUGACCUGAUGUCCUGUCUACUCUUGGCCGAGGCAAACAAUGAGCUUCUCAUGAAGAAUAGUGGAGCUAGACCGGCCGGGACAGCACCAUUACCCGAAGCCCAUGACAUUGAAAAGAAAGAUCCCAAAGAAAUAAAGAAACUUACUACGCCCAAGACAACAGGAAACCAUACGGUCAAGGCCGUGGUGGGUACAGAGGGCGUAGACGUCACAACCAUAAUGGUCGAGAUAGCUACUCAACCGGCCGAAGGGGAAACCACAAUAACCGUGGUCGUGGUUCCAAUUACGGUCGGGGCCGAGGGAGUUAUGGCCGUGGACGAGAACUGCAGAACUCCAAAGCACUUGUGCGAACUCUAUCAAGAGAGUAUCAAGAACAAGAACCCGGAGGCAAACAUGAUCCAAGAGAACGGUCAUGAUGACAAAGGAUAUGGGUAUGAUGCUGAUGAUGAAACCGACAGUGACAACAAGGAUGACCAAAUGGAUUUUGAAACUUCUGAUUGUCUAAAGGACUAG